AGCCGCUGCGUCGAGCUGUCCGACUGACUGCUGUUUUCCAUCACUCCAGAGCUACGGUGGUUGAGCUCUUGUGCUCUGUCUCUCCCUCCUCUCUUUUUCUCCCUCAUUCUCUCCCUCCCUCUCUCUCCCUCCCUCUUUCGUUCUCUCCAGAGACCCCGGGCCACACACAUCUCAUCCUGCAGCCUGACACAGAGGGAGAGAGAUUAAGACUGGACUUGCCUCUGCUGUGCAGCUAUGUUCCCUCUCAGCUCCCUCCUCCUGGCCAGCCUGCUUGGUCUGGGCAUCUGUCAGUAUGACUACGACUACCCCCCUGAGCCCCCAUACGCAGUUAUGUCUGUACCCAACUGUGUGCCGGAGUGCUACUGCCCCUUACCCACAGCCAUGUACUGUGACGACCGCAAGCUGAAGUACGUGCCUAUUAUCCCCAUGGGGAUCAAAUACCUUUACCUGCAGAACAAUCUCAUCGAGGAGAUCAAGGCAGGUGUGUUCGACAACGUCACCGACUUGCGCUGGCUGGUCAUUGACAACAACAACAUCACCAGCGACAAGAUCCAGGCUGGGACCAUUGACAAGCUGACCAGCCUGGAGAAAACUCUAUUUAGCUACAACAAGCUGACCAAGCCCCCUGGCCCUCUGUCCAAGUCCAUGGAGGAGCUCAGGCUGACAGGCAACCAACUCACCUCAUUCCCAUCAGGCACUCUGGCUGGCAUGCAGAACCUUACCAUGCUCUACUUGGCUAAGAACCAGCUGACCACCGAGAGCAUUGCUGGGGCUUUUAAAGGACUGAAGUCACUCUUGCUGCUGGACAUCAGUGAGAACAAGUUGAAGAAGCUCCCAGCAGGCGUUCCUUCUUCCUUACUGAUGCUCUACGCAGACAACAAUGACAUCGAGGGUGUCCCCGCCGGCUACCUGGCCAAGCUUCCUGAGCUGCAGUACUUGCGCGUCUCCCAUAACAAGCUGGUGGACUCGGGAAUUCCUGCGGGCGUGUUCAACAUAAGCUCUCUCCUCGAGUUGGACCUGUCCUUUAACAAACUGAAGUCUAUACCUGAGAUCAGCGAUUCACUUGAGCACCUGUACCUGCAAGUCAAUGAAAUUGACAAGUUUGACCUGACUAGCAUCUGCAAGUUCACCUCGCCUAUGAACUACUCUAAACUGAAGACCCUGCGCUUGGACGGAAACCUGGUCACCCACAGAAGCAUGCCAGACGACACAUCCAACUGCCUCCGCAUGGCCUCUGAGAUCAUUUUUGAAUAGUGUCCCCACACAAAUGUCCAACCCCACUCUCCUUCUCUGCUCCGUCCUUCAUAUGAUGUAGUCACACGUCAGAUUGGCCUGGUUACACUCAUAUCUGUGGGUCCACAGGAUAACCAGCCCUCCGUGAGACCCAACACCAAUACCCUUAUUCCCAUGUAACCCUAACAGAUACACAUUUACUGAGGUUUGUGCCAUGAGGAGUGGGGGGUGAUGUAGUACUAACAAAAAGUACACUGAGAUAUACAUUUAAAAUCUUGAAAUCUAAAUGGCACAUAAAAUACAAUAGUGUCUUGUAGGAGGCGCACGUGUAUUCAUUUUAUGUAUGGCUAGUGUGUUAGAUAUUAAGACAUACAAUUGUGGUCCUCUGUAUUUUUGAAGUUAACAAACACUUUAAACAUUCCAAUUUCUAAUAUUUAUAUGAGUCAAACUGAAAUACAGAACCUCAUCUGCUUUGCAAGCUGUUAUACAGAUUGUAUCUUUAAGAUUGUGAGAUUGUAUCUUUAAUGUUGACCAGUUCCAACGGGCAUCAACAUUGUACAAUUACUGUAUACAUUACAAUGAAAAGCCUGCAGGUAAGGAAUUCACAUUUAAAAUGUUAAUUAAUGAUCUCUUACAUGUUAUGAACUAAACCUGUAUACGAGCUAUAUUGUUCUGUUUUCACAUAUCUAGAAACUACAGGAAAGCACAGCAUUGUUCAAUGAUGGCUUGCAUUAAAGUGUAAUAUCUAACACUUAUUUUCUCCUUACAAGAUGGCUGGUUGUUGAAACUGCUAGUGUAACACAAGUAGUAUUUUAUUUAAACUGUGAAGAAUUGCUAUAUAGUUUGAUGAAACUAAAGUUCAGAUUUUCCAAAAGCAGCUUACUGCUCAACAAGUUGAUGGCAUUUAUGUAAUAUUCUUACUUGCAUGUGAUCCAUCAUACAUCAUACAUUAAUAGCAAAUGCUUCACAUUUCUACGGUAAGGAUAAAGACUAAUUCUACAUGUUCUAUUAAUCGUGCUCCUGUGUUUGUUCAGCGUGCAUUGUCACAAUGUCACUUGAUAACUGAAACAGUUUCAGCAACAUCAAAGUUGUAUUAUGUUAAAAGAAGAAGACACACUUGUUUGAAAAAAAAAGUGAAUUGUGAAUUUCUAGGUAAAUAAAUCUAGUUUCUUACAGCUUUUAACUUUAA